AUGCAAACCUCCCGACUCAAACUAGUCCGGCUAACCGAAGACCACGUCCCCGGCUACCACGCCAUCUGGUCCGACCCAUUCACAACCCGAUGGAGCCCUCACGGCCACUGCGCAACACUGGAGGAUAGUCGAGAGUGGAUGUCAGCUCUGCUUCCCGACGUCAACCCCAAGGGGGUCAAUUAUGCAGUGUUACUGCGCGCCGAUCUCGAUCUCGACGUGGAAGUUUUAAAAGCGCGGAGUCCCGACAACAAUGCAGUCCUCCGACCCGGCGGCUUUCUGGGAUGGGUUGGGACGUGGACGUCCCAGCCGAGGCCGGAAGUUGGCCUUAUCUUUCACCGAUCGACGUGGGGACUGGGAUUUGCUACGGAGGCCUUGAAUGCUUUUUUGGAACUAUUUUGGAAGGAAAGGCCCGAAUUUGAGCAUUUGGAGGCGUGGUGUGAUGAGGAAAAUGCUGCUUCGAGUAAUGUUUUGCGGAAAUGUGGGUUUCAUCUUGUGGAAACAAUUAAGGGGGAUUAUACUUUGAAAUGGAUGGUGCCUGAGUUGAGGAAUAGUCUACAUUUUCGCGCUCGGAAGCCUGAUAGUAGUAGUACCACCUAG